AUGACCAAAAUCAACUACACUAAAAUGGUUGUUGUCUUCAAGCAAAAGGGCGAUUUAACAUUCUGGACAAAUCCAACCCCCGAGACUUUGAUCAAAGAAUGCAUUAGCCCUUAUAUGAGACCUUGUGCCGACCACGCAACAAAGACUAUCAAAUUCACUUAUGAGAAAGAAAAUGACGACGCGCAGAUGAUGAAGGCCGAGAUGUGGCCAACGUUCUAUAGGCUGCAGAUGUUUAAUGACUGGGAAGUUUCUGAGAUAACUGCUUUUCCUCACUUCAAGAUGACUGAAAUGAUUCUACAGGCCACUUUCGCGCGCAAGCCGCAUCACUCACCCGACAUAUUGAACGACGCGGACCGCCUCCAAGCAGCCUGCGGUAAGGAGUGUGAGGUUGAUAUUAUCGCCAACAAGCUUCAAGUGACGGUAAGUACAGAUUGUAAAGACAAAGAGGUUGUCAUGACUGGUCUUACGAUCAAGAUGGAGCAGGAAAAGCUGUUUGAGGACUGGGAGCUUGUGCCAGGAUGGACUUGGAAGCCUGAGAACAAGGAGCAUUGCUGUCGGAUUCUUUAG